ACCAAAAUCCUGCAUUAUUUUCCGGACAACCCAAUAUGUAUUUCGGUUCUAUGUCUACAAAAAAACAUGUUCAAUGGUAGUUUAAACCGUGAUAGAGCGUUAAUGCAAUUAACUACUUGGUAUCCUUUGUUACUUAAUUCUUCAACUAUUAUUCCUGUGGGGGUAGAGAAAUGCAGACCUUUUAAUACAAUUCUGUAAUUUUUUUCUUCUUGAUACGUAUGAAAUUCAGUUUGAGUUUUUUCCAAAAAUUGUAUAAAUUUUCUGUAUGUAUGUGGUUUGUUUGCGAGUAGUUUUAACGAAUUGUUAGUUUUUUAUGAUGAAGGAAUUGACGCCUCCUAUGUUUUCUAAAAUUUUUGUUAGUGAAUGAGCAUCCACUACGUUUUUAAUGUAAAUCGGUGGAGGUUUCGAUUCUUUUGUUUCUGUACUAUUUUUAUUUGAGGUUUCUGUGUCAGAAAAUAUUUGAUAUUGAUUGCUUGUAGGGAUUGGAGUACUCACAGUAGUUUGGAUACGCGGCACUUUCCUCGGGUCCCUGUUAGCAAUUUGUGGACCAGGUCGCUUUCUUCCAAAAACUUAGUGCCACUCAUCUGUAAGAUCUUGUUCGUUUAAGGGACUAACCUCAAAAUCCGUUUCUUGAUGUUCUUCAUCCAUUCUUGAAUCGCAUUGAACAGAGAAACUCAGAAGGUCCAGAGAGUUUAAAAGCAAAGUUCGCAAUUAUAUUAAUUUCAAAGUUCCAAAGCCAUAAACGGCCAGAAACUUAUAGAAAAACAAAUUUUUUGCAAGCUGUUUUACACUACGUGUGAACGAGUCUCUAUAGCUAACAUCUGUAUGUAAUCACUAAUUUAAAAUUAUUUUCUUACAAUAUUUAUUAGGUUAAUAUUUAAUUGUGUUGUAAUUCAUGUUUUUCGCACGAGCGGCAUUAAGGCCAGCUUCUCAUUGGAACGUAGCGUUGGUGUUGGAUCGGCGGGUUCACAUGUUGAGAGACGUGUUUGUAACGCCUUCAAACUGGAGACGACGUUAUAGCUCGAAAUCCGGAAAGGCUAUGUUAGAAAAUCCGAUCCUCUAUUCGAGGGAAUCAGAGGACCAUCAAAACGAGGCCAAAUGGUGCCUGGAACGUUACGGAAACAGGCUGAAAUGGACAAAAGACGAAUCUGUUCUGGAUUUCGGCUGCGGGACUGGAGACGUCUCCGUCAAAAUUCUCUUUCCUUAUAUCAAAGACAAAAUAUCAUCUAUGCUGUGUGUUGACAUGGACCCAAAAAUGAUCACUUUUGCGAAAAAACAGUUCAAAGAGCCGAAGGUAAAGUUUGAAGUCUUCGACGUCGGCCAGGCUGAGAACAUCUCGAAAAUAAGCCCCGUAGAUAAAAUAUUUUCUUUUUUUGCUCUGCAAUGGGUUGGAGAUAGAAGCACUUUGGGAGCUAAUAUAUAUCAGCUUCUUAAGCCAGGUGGGCAGACUUUUCUCCUUCUUGUGGCCAAAAACGGCCUCUACUUCGUAUGGGACGAGGUGGCCAAAACGGCCAAAUGGCGACCAUAUCUAACCGACGAAAUCGAACAUCUGAACGAGUACGCUUACAGCGACGACCCGCUCAGCCUUUUCACAGAGGCCUUGAGAAAUGCCGGCGUCAAAAUUGAAUUCGCCGAACAAAUCCAAAGGGAAAACGUUUUCAAAUCGAGAAAACUAACUGACGAACUUAUGAUUCAAAAAAUCAGGACUGUCGAUCCUUACGUGUCCAAGAUCCCACACGAGCUGAGGGCCGACUACCUGCAGGACGUGUUGACCCUCACGAAAAAAAUGGUCUCGCCCAAAGGCGCCACGGACUACACGGGUUUGAUCGUUAUCGCCUCACGCCCCAAAUGACAUGGAGUGAUUACAACUAGAUUAUUUAUUUAUUCUCUCCCUUCUUUUACCCAUAAUUGCCUUUUUUACACCUUUGUAGAUUACAUUGAAAUAAAUAGCUUCUUAACAA